AUGGCCUGCUGCUCCACUAGCUUCUGUGGAUUUCCCACCUGUGCCACCAGUGGGAACUGUGGCUCCAGCUGCUGCCAGCCCAGCUGCUGCCAGACCAGCUGCUGCCAGCCAACCUGCUGCCAGACCAGCUGCUGCCAGCCAACCUGCUGCCAGACCAGCUGCUGCCAGCCCAGCUGCUGUGGGACCAGCUGUGGCACUGGUGGUGGCCAGGAGGGUGGCUGCGGAGCUGUGAGCUGCCGAGUCAGGUGGUGCCGCCCUGACUGCCGCGUGGAGGACACCUGCCUGCCCCCCUGCUGCGUGGUGAGCUGCACGCCCCCAACCUGCUGCCAGCUGCACCAUGCCCAGGCCCCGUGCUGCCGCCCAUCCUACUGUGGACAGUCCUGCUGCCGCCCAGCCUGCUGCUGCUACUGCUGCCAGCCCAGCUGCUGCCAGCCCACCUGCUGUGAGCCCACCUGCUAA